AUGGCACCGCGUAAGCAAGCUAAACAACCAGCGGCGGAGACCGUUGUGGCCGCCGCUGACGGUAAUACGACUCCGCCAAAAAAGAGGAAAAUAGCCGCGAAAUCAGUUGCGGAGAAACCGAAGCCAGUCAAGACAGGAUCUCGAGCGACAGCAGAGAAGCCGGUGGUCGAUGAAUCCGCAAUUUCACCUAAGAAACUACGCAGCAAGACCAAGAACACGGUCGAGGUACCGGAAACAGGUAGAAAAAAAGCGCGCGGCAAACCUACGACAAAAAAGGCGGGAACGUCGAAGAAACCGGCUGCGACAAAAUCAAGGGCCAAAAAGCCACAGGAUGAAGCCGCAGUUGAAAACGGUGAUAAGGAUUUCGAGAAGGGAGAUACCGGCAAGGAGAAUUCUGCCAAAAGGUCGCCUUUACGACGUGGAAAAGCUGUAGAGAAGAGCGAUGUACCAGCGGCAGCAAGCAAAGCAAAGUCCACUGCAAAGUCAAGGAAACGCAAGAAUCCUGAGGAUGCAAACAAUGCUGUUACAGAGGCUGAAAGUGCGCAGAUCGUCGAAAAGGAUGAGGAGACAGAGCCAGAGACGGUAGCCAACAAAAAAAAUCGUAGCAAGUCUAAGAAGGUAGAAACAGAAACCAGUGAUGCACCUAAGGUGAAGUCUAAAGGAAAUAAUGAAAAAACUGAGACAAAGGGGAGAAAGAAGAAAGGACAAACUGUUGCGGAUGAAAAAGAAGCAAUAAAGGAUAAAAUCACUGAAAAAGUAAAUUUCAUAUCAGAAGCAUUAGAUGAAAAUGGUGUAAAAGAUGUUGCUUCCUCCAAUCAAAGCGAUAGUUCACAAGAAAAUGAUUAUGAUAAAAAUAAUAUGAAUGAAACGGAAUCGAUUCAAAAUAAAACUUAUAAUCUUGAUUCUUCUUAAUCUUAAGAUACAUUGUAUCAAAUAUAAAAUGUUUAAUUUUCCUUUCUUUUUAAACUUUAAAACUUUUUUUUUUUAUAUUUUUACAAUAAUAACAUAUUAUCAAUAUUCAAUAUAAUAAUGUAUUAUCAAUAUUCAAUGCACAGUUAACAAUCCCGUAUUAAACGCUCAUGCUAAGAGACGUCUGUAAAAGGUUUGUUUAAAAUAUUAUCAUCUUUUUCUAUUACAA